AGAGUUUCUGGCUGUAACUGUUUGACUACAUAUGGAUGAUUGGAUUCUUGUGAUUACAAAUCAAUUCAAGCAUUAUAAUAAUGAAAAAUUCAAUAGCAUACAUGUUCAAACAUCUAAGGCAUGACUUAAUGAAAUUUUACUAGGUUGAUGAUGAAGUACGACUUGAAGAUGAUUGGGUGCCCAUGGAUGAACAAUUAAAUCCAGCAGAACUUGAGGAGGUUAUCAGAUCAAAGGAAGCACAUUCUAGGGCAGUUGUACUUGAGAGUAUUGGGGAUAUUCCUGAUGCUGAGAUUAAACCUCCUGAAAAUGUAUUGUUUGUCUGUAAAUUGAACCCAGUUACUGAGGAUGAGGACUUGAAUACUAUAUUUUCUCGCUUUGGAACUGUAUCAUCGGCAGAAAUCAUCCGUGAUCACAAAACUGGUGACAGUUUAUGCUACGCUUUCAUAGGUCAGUAUGUACACUUUGUCAUUUGUGUAAAAUUUGUGCUUUUUAAUUGUGUUAAAGUAGUCUUCCUCAUUUUCUUUCCAAUUUCUACACCAGUUGCCUGGUUCUUUCCUAUGUAAUUCUUUGAGUCGAUUUGUGUCUACCACCUUUUUUAUUCAGGAUAUCUUUAGUGUAGCAUUUCCAACUAGGAAUAACAAAAGGCAAUAAAAGGUAGAUAUGCUUAACAUGUGUACUACAAAUAAGUUUUCUGUUCCCAAAUCAAAGUUUCCUUGUGUUUGUAAAUUUUUCCUUCUGGUCUUUUUCGUUGUUGUGUUUAGUGGUAUUUAUAUAAGAAUGCAAGGACAAGCACUCAUGUACAUAUGAAAUCUGAUAGAUUUGUCCAACACUUUGUUUGUGUGGUGCAUUUGGUUGGAGUGUUUCACAUGUUUUUAAAAUUGUUCCAUAGCACAAUACUUGACUUUGAAUCCUCCAAAAAUAAUAGAAUGGUGAUCUUCCAUAUAAGUGGAUCAUCACAAUCCAUCAAAUCUAAUUGGCAAUGGAAGGCCGUUGGAGAUCUCACAUCGAUUAAUGAUAAGGUCAAUAUACAAUAUGUAAGUUUAAGGGAAGGAAAUUCUCCCUUUAUAAGGUGGUUAGGCUUAAACUCACUUCUUAAUAAAUUAGUUUGAUUUCAUCGUAAGAUCGCAACCAACAUAAUCAAUCUCCUUUUUUCUUAUGUUCCACGAUAUAAACUCAUGUAUAAGUUUAAGCCAUGGAUUCAAAAAACAUAAGAACACAUGAACAUAGUAACAAUAUAAGAACAUGCUAACCAUCAUGUGUUGAGAAUGGGAAAAGUGAAGAGUAAAAGAUGGAGAAAGGUAAGAAGUGAAGAACAUGGCACUUCUGUUAGGCUUAAAAUAUGAUAUACAAGGAAUCAUCGCUUGAAUUCCUAAAACCUUCAAGAUGAAACAGAGUAAGCAAAUUACUUCCUCAGUAGAACAACUCACAAAUUUCACAAAGAAAACAAAUUCAUUCAAAACUGUGAAGCAA